GAUCCAUGCGCUGGUUCUCAUCAUGAUCCGGGACAGAGCGGGUGAUUUUUGCGCAUUUGUUUGGCGAUGAUUGCCGUCUGAAUUUCCAGUUUCGAGUGAAGUCGGCGAGACUUUGUGGGAAAGAUCAUUUUGUAGAAUUAAAAACAACUCAGUUUUCUGUGGAUCGGAAAUCAAUCCAGAGGUGUGACACCUGGGCGUCCGCACGAAGCUUCAAAAGUACAGCGCAGACUCUGGAAUAUACGAUUAGAUGAUUCUCAGAGGACAGAAGACGAGCUGCACAUAAAUCUACAAGAUGUUCAGCAGGGGCUGUGGACUGGAGUUCCUGCUGGUUCUCUUUGGAUUGGAGUUUUCCUGGUCCUGUCCUCGCUACUGUAUCUGCUACACUGCACCCAGCACCGUCUCCUGCCAAGCCCACAACUUCUUGUCAGUCCCCGAAGGCAUUCCUCCUGACAGCGAGCGCAUCUUCUUACAGAACAAUAAGAUCCAUCGCCUACUUCGUGGCCACUUCAGCACCAAUACGGUCACUCUGUGGAUCUACUCCAAUAACAUCUCCUACAUCGAGCCGUCCACCUUCCAAGGAUUCAGACUGCUCGAGGAGCUGGAUUUGGGAGAUAACCGCCACUUGCGCACCUUGGCUGAAGACACUUUUCACGGACUGGUUCGGCUCAACGCGCUGCACCUCUAUCGUUGUGGACUCAGUUCCCUUCCUAAUAACAUCUUCCAAGGCCUCAGAAACCUACAGUAUCUCUACCUACAGGAUAAUCACCUGAAGUUCCUGCAGGAUGACACUUUUGGGGAUCUGCACAAUCUGAGCCAUCUUUUCUUGCAUGGAAACCGUCUGUGGAGCCUUCAUCAGAACACCUUCAGGGGCCUUCGGGCUUUGGACCGUUUGCUUCUCCACCAGAACCAGGUCCAGUGGGUCGACCGCCUGGCCUUCCAUGAUCUGAAACGUCUCACCACUCUGUUCCUGUUCAACAACUCACUGAUAGAGCUUUCCGGCAACUGCCUGGACACUCUGCCUGCCCUGGAAUACCUGCGCCUCAACAGCAACCCCUGGUCAUGUGAUUGCAAGGCCCUGUCGCUAUGGGAAUGGCUGAAACACUUUCGAGGAUCAACAUCAACUGUGGAUUGCCAUACACCAAUUAAUAUGGUUGGGAAGGACCUCAAGCAGCUGCAGAAAGAGGACUUCACCAACUGCUCACCAACUGUACCAAAUUCUGAGUCCAGGGCCCAGAGUAAGACUAACAAUUUGUCUGGCACGGUGAACCCGUCUGUAAAUGGAAGUGUGGCCAUGGGGUCUGGAGGGCAGACUCACAUAGUGUACCCCUCGAGGCCUGGUCGCUCUCGGAACUGCACAAAGCCCCGUAACCGGGGAAGCAAAGGAAAAGGCCACAAUGAGGUUCACCAGUCAAAGGAGGUCAUGGCGGAAAAGGAUGAUUCUUCACCAGAUUUUACAGAUGGGGGCAAACACGAUCACACGUCCCCCAAUGGCGCCGUCACACGGCGGAAGCACAAGUGCACUCCUCGGACCACUGUUCGCCCCCCCAGUGGGGUUCAGCAAGCCAACAACAGGGCAAACCUGUCCCGGUCCUUACCAUACCCCUCUGCCCUCUUGGUGGUCUUGGUAACAACAAACAUUUUUCGUUGACCUACAGCGUAUUGAAUGCUAAUCACAAAAACUAAUCCCUCAGACGCUCUCUUGCUCCUGCACUUCCAGGCCAUUGUGUCUUUCAUAUGUGAGUGUGUGAUUAUAGGUGUAAAUGUCGUGUAGGAGCUUUACUCUUCAGAUCGGAACAGAAGAACUCACAGCACAAAUAUUGAAGAAUCCGAGAGAUGUUAAUGCAGACCAAGCUUGCACUGCCACUUAGGCCAGUAUGAUUUUAUCUCCAGGUGUGUUAGUGUAAUAACUUGUGUGUUUUGCUGCUGAAGUAGAAUAGAGCAAACAUUAGCAAUUGGCUUUGAGAUGGGGAGGCUUUUCCGUUCAGGCGGGUACAGACACCGCAGCAGUAAAGCCUCCGCCGUCAGCUUGAUCUCAGUCGCUUUUGCUAAAAUUGUUUUUGUGCUGCUUUUUUUUUGGUUUGCUGACAUUGGUCCACGCAGAUGAGGAAGGAAACUGUAUGCACGGCAAUAAACUCUUACUCGGUAUCAGACCUCGGAAUGUGCCAUCGCUGUAACUAAGAAGAAUGGAAAUCUAUAGCCACACGUUUUACGGCCAUACACAGGGAACCUGAAGUCACAACAAUCAGAACAACUUUCACGCUGCUUCGUUUCUUUGUCUGUUUGUCUGUGCAAAUGAAUAUUAAGCUUCUAAUUAUUAUUUGGGGAGUGGGGAGUUGAUUUGCUUGGAAAGCAGCGUGCGUUUCUCUGAAAGAUCAAGCUGUGGAUAUUGAAGAGUCUGUCUACGUAUAUCUUGUCAGAUGUUGUUCUUCAUUUGAUUGUUUUUUUAAUUAUUAAACGGACCUAAAGAUGGAUCCCUGCUGCGGGGCCAGCAGUGCGAGCCGGAGCCUUAGAGGUUGAGGGUUAAAUGGGGCCUUCUCAGUUUCCCGGUGAGGUCACGUUGGACCGACCCGUGUGGUGUCCUUUCAUCCAUCCUCACUGAGAACAUGAGGAGCACAUUUUUUUUUCUUAAUGACUUCAAAGGAAUACAAGAAUGACACUUAGAAAAAAAUGUGUGUGUACCUUAAAAAACUGAUUAAUAACUGAUUUAAAAAAACACUUUGGAUGGAGCAUGAGAGAACAUGCAGAGAAGAUUAUGGAUCCUCGUCUUUACUGACUGAUGUGAUUGUCCAAGGCGGCAGGUGCGAACAUCCAGACAAUCACUUCUGAACAACAACUGGACAGUUACUGGACGUCGUGCUGCAUCUCUGGAGCAUUGGUGCCUCCUUUAAAACUCGAAUGAUAAAAUGGUGUUUGUAUCAGUGACGUGAACUGUACCAGUGACCGUGCUGGGAGUAAUUAUUUACUGUAUUACAAUGAGGAAAAAGAAAAAACAACAAAAAUAAAACAGUAUCACUGAUGAUAACAGGGUUUAUGCUCCUAUCAGGAGUCCAUUGGGUUUUUUUUCUGGUGAUUGGUUUAUUCACAUAUUUUCAGGAAACAUUUUUCAAACCUUGAUUUUGUUCAUUCACACUCCCUCACCUGCCUCCUUAUUCUAAUGAAUGCCUCGUCAUCUUAUUUUUGUUGUUGUUGUUGUUGUUGCCAUAAUUCAGUUGUUGUACGAGUUAUCAUCAAAGAACAACAGUACAAAAUGUUUAUAAAGAUAUUAAAAUCUAUAUCUUCUUAUGUCUA